AUGCCCAACACAAACGAAAACUCACAUUCCGGCUCGACAACGACGACGACGACGGCGACGGCGGCGACUAGCGCCGGUGACGAUCUCGGCAGCACCGAUGAGGUGAAAGUGUUCAAAGACGAGGGCGACAGGGAGGAUGAGAAGGCAUCCUCCGAGAAUCUGCUCGAGGAGAAGUUUAACUUAAUAGAUUUGACUGAAAGUGCGGAAAAUCUGGUGAAAAGCUCCGCAGCCCGGCAAGACCUGAGUCCACCGUAUGCUGCCGGCGGCACUGCUGGGUCCGGGGCGGGGGCUGAUGUUGCGGUGAGUGCUGCGGCGAUUGCUAGCGGCGUGGGUUCGGCCAGCGGCGGAACAAGCAGUGCGGGGAAGCUGGACUCGCCAGACCAUUCCCCUGGUUUCACUAUGGGCUACCUGCCUCCCUACCAGUACUCCAGUGGGACAGCCAGUGCCCUGCAGGCGGCAGGGACGAUGGGAAAGAUGGGUCUGUCUCAGUUCUUCUGCAACGAAGAUCCUCUCUCCAACCCACCGCCGGCGCACUGCGGUAUACUCCCGUACCAGUUGGAUUCGAAGGCGAUCAGUCUAUCUGCCCGCCAGUCGCUGUACUCCUUUUCAACCAGCCAGUACCCCUACCCAUCGAUACUGUCCUCCAACAUGCUGCCGGUACCACCUUCCUGGCACACGCCCUCGAUGUACUCUACGGCACCCACCUUCCGCAACUCGUACCCAUCGUCGCUGCAGAUAUACACUACGCUGGCCAGCGACCUCUAUUCACGUUACCAGUCAUCGCAGUCUCUGCUGAACUCGGUCCACACGCACAAUGUGCUGAACCAGAGUCUGCAGCAACAGGUAAAGCAGGAACAGAGUGCAGCGCUCGCAGCCGGAGUGGCAACCAGCCCCGGGAACCCAGCGGGGCCGGAAAUCUCCCACAACUACAGUGCCCGGCAGCACGGGGUAGGGCUCAGCCCAGGCAGCAAGUCAGCAAUCGAUCUUCCACAGGAGCUGACCAACCGGUUUGGACGGGCGCAGAGCGUCGGCAGCUCGGGCAGUGGCGGAGGCAACAGCACCGGCAAUGGCAGUGGUGGCAGUGGCAGCUCGAAGAAAAAAUGCGCCGCUGACCGCACGCAGCACCCGCAACAACAGCAACAUCAAAAUCAGCAGCCCAAUCGGCCACAUAUCAAGAAGCCUCUCAACGCGUUCAUGCUCUACAUGAAGGAGAUGCGCGCGAAAGUGGUCGCCGAGUGUACCUUGAAAGAGUCGGCCGCGAUCAAUCAGAUUCUCGGUCGCAAGUGGCACUCGUUGUCGCGAGACGAACAGAGCGUUUAUUACGACAAAGCGCGCCAGGAACGUCAGCUGCACAUGGAAAUGUACCCUGGCUGGACGGCUCGAGACAACUAUGGUUACGGGUCGAAGAAGAAGCGAAAAGCGAAAAAAAAGGAUCAAAUCGGCCCCGAACCACCCAGCAGGCGCAAGAAAAUAUGUAUACGCAACGAAGAGUCCGACAACUACGACGGAUCGCGUAUGUCCGACGAGUACAUGGGCAGCUACGGCACAGUGGUGUAA